UUUUAAAUCCACACGUGGUCUGGGUCUUGGGCUUGUUUAGCACCGACCGCAUACACAACUAGAAACUUCUGACCAACUCAUGCCAGCGACCUGCCCGCGUCUAUCGCUGCCGGGGCGGACGGGAUCGGACGACGGUUUUGAUAGCUCAGCAAAAUGCCAUCUUACCCCCUGAACCAGUUUGCUGAGCUGGAAGAAAUGAUGUGCAAGCAUUUACAAAACCUCGACUUGAGGGAGCCAAACAGACCACCAUCAUCCCUCAAUCUGGCCAUGAGAACACCAGGUUACAUCAGUGAGCCAUGUAGAAAUGCAUCGUUUUCCCUCUCAUCCCUCUCCUGCUUGCCCACUGAUCCUGCAGACCGUGUGUUUCUGACCUCCAGCCAAUGGGGGCAGCAGUCAGAAAGUCCUCUGUCCUCCCACCUUGGUAAUUCCACCCAGUGGGGAAAGUCAGGCUUCCUUUCCCAGCGCUCUGUCAGCAUGGUGGAGACCAGCAGCACCACAGGAGCAAUGCUAUCCUGGCCUGGAGCUGACAUAAAGAGCUCCCAAAGUGACAUCAGCCCCUCUGCACUGAACUCUAGCUCCUCAUCAUCUGCCUCAUCUGUUUCCACCUCUUCUUCCUCAUCGCGCUAUAAGACUGAACUGUGUCGAUCUUUCACUGAGAGUGGCUUGUGCAAGUAUGGUGGGAAGUGCCAGUUUGCCCAUGGCACAGAGGAGCUACGUGAUCUCAACAGACAUCCAAAGUAUAAAACUGAGCCGUGUCGUACAUUUCACACCAUCGGCUUCUGCCCCUACGGGAUUCGCUGUCACUUUGUCCACAACAGUGAGGAAGAAAAGAAACACUCCUACUCUCGGUCCUCCUCGACUUCUCCCUCUUCCUCAAACGCUCCUCACCAGCCUCCUUCCUCCUCUCGUUCUCACAGACCUCCUCUCAUCAGACAGAGUUUCAGCUUCGCUGGGUUUCCUUCUACUCCUCAACAAGUCCUUCAGCCUGCCCUCACUGGUCCUGCUCCUUCUGCCACUUCCUCCUUUACUCGUGCUCCAUCAGCGUCUCCUCUUUCCUGUGCUGAUGUUACUGACCUUCUCUCCCAUGCCUUCCUGGAGAUGGACUCUGCCUUCGAGGCCUCUCCUGCCCAACAGUACCAACCUCCUAUAGGCCAGGCUACUGUUGCCGAUCCCCGCUCUCCAUUCCUGCCUUCACCUGACUCUGGCUUUUCUCCAUGUGGGCUGUCUCCAACUGGCUCCCCUUCUCUGAGACAGAGUCCUGGUGCAACUGGGAUCCCUUCAGGGCCGCUGGGUGCCCGAUCCCUGUCCUACACCUCUCUGUCAGACCAGGACCAGGAUGGAAGCAGCUCUGCCAGCUCAGUCAGUGGCUCUGAAUCCUGCAGUGGCAAUAACGAAGGCAGUGGUAGACGUCUAGCGGUAUUCAGUCAGCUCUCUGUUCCUGAUGAUGCUACUGGAUUCUGCCUUUAAACAGCAGUGUGCUGGAACAGAAGCGUACAUAUUUGCAAAAAUUCACACAAAGCAUAUUUAAUACACACACAUUCAUUCUCAAAGACACACUGUCCUCACACACUACACACCUAUAAAUGCACACUCAUCUCACACAACUUCCUGACAUCUAAGACUUUCUUCACACCUGUUUGGCGUCAAAGGAAACAAAGAACUUUGUGACUGACUCAAAACACUCUGAGAUAACAUUGUUAGACUUACAUGGUUAAAAUGUCACGGUCAUGUGCAAAAGCCACAGAGAUACGGAAAGGAAAAUGUGCGUGUUGCCACCAAAACAGAACAUAUCAAGAUAGAUGUUUAAUAGUGCUGGAAGCCUUAAUGCUUUAUCAAAAUAGUAUGCUGAAAUGGCAAAUUGUGAAGUAAUUGUAAUCACAGCGUGAUUGGCUCGUUGGUGAGCCCAGCCACACCAUUCAUUUAUUUAUCAGCAUCUUAUUAAUGAUCUAAAGAAUGUGACAAAGCCAAAGACAUCUGUUUGUAGCUCAGAUUUUUCUUUUCAUUAUGGUGGGACAAACGCACAACGUGACUUAUGCUUAGAAGUUGUCGUUCUUCCAUUAGCUGUCCACAGGAUUGUUUAUGAGCUCGGGAAAUUGAUUUUUCCUCAUAACUGUACAGUCUGAGGUCACAUUUAGAUCGCUGGCCCACGAAUCUGAAUGUUACGUUUUUAAACAAUGUGCCUGUAGUGUUAUUUAACAGGCCAUGUUACAUGGUUGAACCAAGAUUUGCUUGUUUGUUUGGAGAGAUGAGAGCAGGGGUGAGGGUCUUUUUUUUCUCUCUUUUAGAAGAGUAAGCUAGAAUGAGUGGAGAUGUCUUGUUGGUAAGGUUACUGCAAAUACCGUUGUUCUGUUUCUCGUGCUUUAUUGACAACCUGGAACUAGUAAAAUGUCAAAUUACCCAAUUUGAACUGCAAUACAGGAGGAUGUUGAUCAUACUUUUGCAUACGCAUGCUCAAGAUAUAUCAUUAACCGUGCAGUUGGAUGAAUUAUUGGGCUUUGUUUUGCACCAAUGAACUAACUACACUAAAAGUCAAAGACCAAAAUGAGAUGUCAGUAUUUCCUGUCUCAUUUUGUGUAAUCGGAAAGGCUGUCGGCAAAGCUUGAUUUGCAAGGCACUUGGCUCAGAAGUAAAAGUUAAAGUCAAGUGAGUCUUUCCUAAAGUCAUGUUUUCAUUUGUGGUGCUGAAAUGCAUCUAGGAUUAUCUUAAACACCAACAUUCCCAAAAGUGGGCUUUUUUUCCCCUUCCUUGUCCACAGGAGCACUGUUACAUUUUUGAUGAAUGUUCAUGUUUUUGUGACUCUCACCCCACCUCACUGCAUCUCUCCGUCAUUCAGUAUUAAUUCUUCCUGUUACGGCUUUGUACUGUUAUGAAUGUGCAGCGUCCUGGUCAUGUCCACGUGCACUGUGAUCCCAGGUCGGUUGCUUUACUGAGCUAGAUACAGCAUACUGUAGGGUUUAGGGUAUGUAUGCUUUAGUGUUUUAGAAUUGUUAUUUGGCUGUUUUGUGUGUUUAUGAUGUAGUUGGUUAGAAGAACAGCCACCGAGCUGUUCCUGGUCUAUUUAAAAUUGCCUUUUCAUCAACAUGUUUGAGGCCUGUUUAGUGGUAAAGGUGAUAAUCUUUAGUAAAUUAAUUUCUUUAAUUUAUUUUAACGUAUUUAUAGAGGACUUUGAGUUGUUAAUGCUUGUAUCAAGUUUAAUAUAUUUUGGUUUCUUUUGCUUUUUUUGUACUGGAAAUAAAGUUUUUUUUCUUUUUUUUUUAAA